GUUGCAGGUAAGCUAAUGUCAACGUACAAGGGAACGUUGGCUUCACCAGUCUUGCAAGUGAUGGAGUUUCCUGAAGAUUUCAACCAGCUUGAGCUUCUGAAUACACAUGGCCACCUGAUCCCCCGAGGGGCCAGCAGCCUGUGGACCGGAAGCAGGGAUGAGGAGGAAGAGGUGGAAGAGGAGGAGGGGGACCACAGUGACGAGUGGUAUAUUGAAAAAGAAAAAACUCUCAAAGACAAACCAAAGGUGCUCAUUCUGUGGGCAGCGGAAAACAAUCGCCUUUCAACAGUCCACAGGUUGUUAGCUGCUGAUCCGUUGCUGGUGCACUGCUGUGAUGAGGACGGAUACACUCCACUACAUCGUGCAGCCUACAGCGGCCAUGUUGCUGUGGUUUCUGCUUUAAUCGCCGCCGGGUCUAAGGUUAACCCUCGCACCAUCGACGGAUGGACGCCCCUUCACAGCGCCUGCCGCUGGAGCCGCGUCACAGUGGCGAGUUUCCUCCUACAACACGGAGCCGAACUGAACGCCCAGACCAACGGUGGGCUCACGCCACUACACCUGGCUGCCUCCAACACCACCCCCUUCAGCACAGACUCUCCUAGCACUUUAGAGCUCCUCCUCUCUCAGCGACACCUGAAUCCAGGGCUCCGCAGCGGCAGUGGGGAGACGGCCAGUGAGGUGGCCCGCCGUACUGGCCCACAUCAUGUCCUGUUUGAGAUGGUACAAGACUGUGUCAAUGUGGUACCUUUCUCAUGAAUUAAAAACACGGGUGCAGAUGUUUUUACCCUCUUCUUGCCUUGUUGUAAGUACAAUAUACAGCAGGUACAUAGAAGUUCAUUUCGCAGGUGGGUUGGCGGACUUGUUUUCUGUUGAAGCAUCAUAAUAAAUAAAUGUAUCUUUGGAAUAAUA